AUGUGGCGGCUCCGGGCUGUCACUCUGCCAUCUGGCGGCCGGCAGCUGAAGCUCUUAACCGAUCCCCAAGGCUUUAUCUCCGCCCACGCUCGCCGCUCAUUGGCCCGCGGCCUGGCCAGGCUCCGCCCCCUGUGGUCAUAUCUCUUCCCCUCCGUCAAAGGUCAGUCAGAACCGUCUUCGUCGUCUCAGGAGACGGACGUCCUCACGCAGCGCCUCCUCAGCCCCGCCAUGGCCUCCCCGCAGGACUCGAAGAAGCCUCGCCUCAGCUUUAGCAUCGACAGCAUCCUUGAGCGGGAUCCUCCGCCCAGCAGGACACAGGAGCCGCCGCAGGAUGAGGACGCACCACGGAUCAGAGCCAUUCCGAUUCAGCAGCUGACGGAGACGAGCGCGUCCGGCGGCGUGCCCUCGCCCCCCCUUCCCCCCGUGCUGCCUGCCCCCCCGCACGCGUCCCCCGAGCGGCCAGCCUCCUCCGGCAGCGCCUGCAGCGACUCGGAGCGCUCCUCCAGCGGCAGCCCCGACGCCCUGGCGGCCCGAGGCCCCGCGGGCGCCUUCCUCCCGCCCGCCUUCCCGCGGUGGCCCGUCGGGCGCGCCCACCCGUACCUGCCCCGCCUCCCCCCCGGCAGCCCCCCGGAGCUGCCCCGCGCGCUGCCGGCGUCCAUCACGCUGCGGCGCCACAAGGCCAACCGCAAGCCGCGCACGCCCUUCACGUCGGAGCAGCUGAUGACCCUCGAGAAGAAGUUCCGCGAGAAGCAGUACCUGAGCAUCGCCGAGCGCGCCGAGUUCUCCGCGUCGCUCAGCCUGACGGAGACGCAGGUCAAGAUCUGGUUCCAGAACCGCCGCGCCAAGGACAAGCGCCUCAAGGAGUCCGAGAUGGAGCGCCUCUCGCGGCCGCUGUACCCGGCGUACCCCGGCCUCCUCUCCCUGGGCGACCGCGUGCCCCUCCACCUGCAGAGGCCGCUCGUGCCCCUCCUCGGCUGA